ACAAAUGACUACUUGAAUUUAUACCAACUUUAUCCAAAGGCACAAUCGGCUUAUCGCAAGUAUCAUAGUACGGAAACGGCCUUACUACGUGUUAAGCAUGAUAUUUUAAUGAACAUGAACCGUCAGCAUGUUACCUUACUCGUAAUUUUGGAUCUGAGCGCUGCAUUUGACACUGUCGACCAUCAUAUAAUGCUCGAACGACUGAAAUCCAGUUUUGGCAUCCAAGACCAAGUACUUAAAUGGUUUACCUCCUAUCUUUCUAACCGUUCGCAAUUCAUCUCUGUAAAUGCUGGUACAUCUAAGCGUUUUGAACUAAAAAAUGGCGUACCUCAAGGAUCGUGUCUUGGCCCACUUCUGUUUGUUUUAUACGUGUCCAAAUUAUUCAAGAUUUUGGAAAGUCACUUACCCGAUGCCCAUGCUUUCGCCGAUGACAAUCAACUGUACGUUUCAUUUCAACCAGAUUCAAUGUCUGAACAACUGUCUGCGGUUACUGUCAUGGAAAAUUGUAUUGAUGAUAUUAAAACAUAG